AAAGACUUCAGUGUUGCGCAUACACACGCUGAAGACACGGAGCUGGGUGGCUUGACUCAAGUUCUCUCAUCUCGCCAUCAUGGCGACCCAAAUACCUGUCGACCCGACCUUGACCUCGGCCAAUACUCUCAAACUCGAAAAUACGCACAACCGAGAUGUCCUCAUUGCGAUCGAGAAGAAAUACCAGCAGGAAUGGCAGAAGAACAAAGUGUUCGAGUCGGAUGCUCCAACCACGAACGAAAUACCCUUCAGCUCAGUACCAGCCUCACAGAUCAGAGAACAGCACCCAAAAUAUUUUGGCACCUUCGCCUACCCCUACAUGAAUGGCUCGUUGCACGCGGGGCACAGCUUCACAGCCAGCAAGGUUGAAUUCACUGCCGGCUUCUCAAGAUUGACCGGCAAGCGAACUCUCUUUCCCCUUGGUUUCCACUGCACGGGCAUGCCGAUCAAAGCCUGCGCUGACAAACUGGUCGAUGACGUGAAGAAAUUCGGCAAGAACUUUGAGAACUACCACGAAGAUGAGGAGGAGGAUGUGGCAGGCGAGUCGAACGGUGUGGCCGUAGCACCAACGCAGGGUGUCAAUGUCAAGGACGACAUCACCAAGUUUAAGAGCAAGAAAGGUAAACAGGCUGCGAAGACGGUCAAGGCAAAUUACCAGUUUCAAACAAUGUUGGCCAUGGGCAUUCCAAAGGAGGAGAUUCACAAAUUCGCCGACGCAAACUACUGGCUAGAGUACUUUCCUCCUCUGUGCGAACAAGAUUUGAUCGACUUUGGUGCGCGAAUAGACUGGAGGAGGCAAUUUGUUACGACCGAUGCCAAUCCAUACUACGACGCCUUCGUCCGGUGGCAGAUGAAUCGCCUGCACGAACUCAACAAGAUCUUGUACGGCAAGAGAUAUACAAUAUACAGCCCCAAAGACGGCCAGCCUUGUAUGGACCAUGACAGGACGAAAGGUGAAGGUGUAGGACCUACUGAAUACACUGCCUUGAAACUCAAGGUGAAGGAGUGGUCUCCUGAAGCUGCAAAAGAGGCCGAGGCGAAGCUACCGAAAGAUGCAAAUGUCUACUUUGUGCCCGCCACAUUGAGACCAGAGACGAUGUACGGACAGACGUGUUGUUUCGUUGGUCCUAAAAUCAAGUACGGAGUCUUCAAAGUCUCAGAGAAAGAGUACUAUGUCGUCACAAAGAGAGCUGCGUGGAAUAUGGCGUUCCAAGGUACUUUCUUUGACCAAGCACAUUUUCCCCGGGACCAGAGCGAACUGCAGCCGGUGUUGGAAUUGCCGGGUUCCGCCUUUGUCGGCACUCUCGUCCAGGCUCCCUUGUCAGUACACACGGAAGGAGUGCGGAUUCUCCCUAUGGAGACAGUCUCGGCCACCAAGGGUACGGGUGUUGUCACCUCAGUCCCUUCGGACAGCCCUGACGAUUUUGCAACGGUUCGAGAUCUGGCCAAGAAGGCCGAUUUCUACGGUAUCAAACAAGAAUGGGCUGAACUGGAGAUUAUUCCCAUCAUCGACACCCCAGCUUACGGCAAUCUCGCCGCAAAGUACCUUGUGGAAACGAAAAAAAUCCAGUCACCUAAAGAUACGACGUUGCUGGCCGAAGCCAAGGACAUGGCUUACAAGGAGGGGUUCUACAACGGCACGAUGUUGGUGGGCGAAUUUAAGGGCGAAAAGGUGUCAGAUGCGAAAGACAAGGUUCGCAACGCCUUGAUCAAGUCCAGAGAUGCUUUCCCAUUUGCCGACCCAUCUGCUGAAGUCAUAAGCCGAAGUGCAGACGAAUGUGUCGUUGCCUACGUGCCACAAUGGUUUUUAAACUACGGAGAGAACGACAAGGAAUGGCAACAGACAGUCCUCAACUAUGUCAAGAAUGGUCUCGAGACAUACAUACCCGAAACGGAGAAUCAGUUCAUCGCAAACCUAGAGUGGUUGAACCAAUGGGCAUGUGCGAGAACGUAUGGACUAGGCUCCAAAUUACCCUGGGAUCCCACCUUUUUGGUGGAAAGUCUGAGUGACAGUACCAUCUACAUGUCUUAUUAUACGAUCGCCCACUUCCUACACGGUGACAAGUUCGGAAAGACUCCGGGCUUGCUCAACAUCAAAGCCGAUCAGAUGACUGACGAUGUUUGGGAUUACGUCUUCACUCGGACCAGCGACGUCGAGAGUGUGUCCGAGUCGUCCAGGAUUUCGGUAGAAGACCUCCAUACCCUCAGACGAUCCUUUGAGUACUGGUAUCCUCUCGACAUGCGAAGUUCUGGCAAAGAUCUCAUCCCUAACCAUCUCACCUUCUUCCUUUAUAUCCACAUUGCCCUCUUUCCCCGGGAAUACUGGCCCAAGUCAGUCCGAUCGAACGGCCACCUUUUGCUCAACGGCGACAAGAUGAGCAAGUCCACCGGAAACUUCUUGACCCUAAGCCAGGCAGUGAAGAAAUUUGGUGCCGAUGCGACACGGAUUGCUCUAGCCGAUGCAGGCGAUGGUAUGGAAGACGCCAACUUUGAAGAGAAGGGAGCCAAUGCGGCCAUCAUGCGCAUGUACAUCCUCAAAGAAUGGAUCGAAGAGACUUUGAAGGACAAGAACCUUCGCGAGACCCAAGGUGAAGUCAUCUGGGACAAACUUUUCGAAGAUGAGAUGAACCUCCUUGCGCACGAGUCGUACAAGCAUUACUCUGACACUGACUACAAACUCGCUCUAAAAUCGUCCUUAUACGACUUCCAAUCCGCCCGAGACUUUUACCGUGAAGCGUGCCUCUCGAGCGGCACGCCCAUGUCCCGACCCCUCGUCCUCCGCUACGUCGAGCUGCAGUCCCUCCUCAUCGCCACCAUUGCCCCUCACUGGGCCGAGUACAUGUGGCUCGAAGUCUUGCACAAGGACGGCACGAUCCAGAACGCACGGUGGCCCGAAGUGCCCGCGGCGGAUCCGUCUCUGACGGCCAUGAGAGAGUACGUCAAGGGCACGAGCAGCAACAUCACCAGCUCCGAGGCCCAGGCGGCCAAGAAGAUGGCCAAGGGCAAGAGCAGCGCGUUCGACCCGCGCAAGCCGAAGAAGAUCACCAUCUUCGCGGCCAACACGUUCCCGGCGUGGCAAGACAAGUACGUCGACCUCGUGCGCGACAUGUUCGAAAGGAGCAGUCUCGACGACGACAAGACCCUGAACGGCCAGGUCGCCAAGAUGGGCAGAGGCCCCGAGAUGAAAAAGGCCAUGCCCUUUGUCCAGGCGCUGAAGAGGAGGCUCGUCGUCAACAAGGAGACCCCCAAGGCCGUGUUCGACCGAAAGUUGCCCUUUGACGAGGCCGCCAUCCUGGCCGAGAUGAAGAAGGGCCUGAUGAAGACGACGGGGUGCAAGGACGUCGUCGUCGUCUCGGUGAGGGACGACAACAAGGCCGGCCUGCCGAGCAUGGCGGAGAAUGCCAUCCCAGGCAGCCCGACGUUUUUGUUUGAGAACGUUGACUGAGUGGCCCGGUACUCAAAACUGGACGGAGAGUUUGGAACACUCUGUGAGGAAGAACACCUUGAGGGGAUUCUCAGAAGCACCUGGAAAUUCCGGUUCCGACCGGCAUGAAGCUAGACAAAACGCGAGGAUAGAUAGCAGACAGAUGUGCACGCAUUCCACGUUGGUUUUCGCGAGGGUAGACGGAAAUGAAUUACAAUGAGAAAAGAACUCGAAAGAAUGAAAACAUGAGCA